CUUACGACCUUACCCAGCCGUACCGAACCGGCGAAUAUCGCUUACCCAUACCACCUGUAAUCGGGUCUUCGUCAUCACACUGCUGGUCUAUCGAGGAUCGAAAAGGCUUUUUCCGACAUACCAGUGCAAAAUUACUCACUUCAACGGUUUCAGGUAAACUGUCGGCCCUUCCGACUGGAAAACAACCCCUCGGACGUGAGCAUAAUCAUCGCUUCCGCUAUCACCGUCAUCGUCAAAUAGGCAGAUAGGUUAUCGAGGGCAAGGAAGCCAGUUCCCGGUUUUGCGCCUUACAGCUGAAGGCAGGAAUCCUCCCUAUUGCACACACCAUCAUCCAGUCAGCCAGUAUCGAACUUCGCCAUCCACUAGAGCUGUUCCAAUUCCUACACAGUACAAGUGCCACUCCACAUCUGCGAGACCUUGCAGAGCCCUGCCAGUUCUGUCGUACCAGUCGCGCGCCGUUCUGCUACCAGUUCCGGCAGCGCAAGUUCCAGCGGCUACCGUGUUAGUGGCCCACUAUUAUCAAUAUCAACAUCUCCAUCAAACUACCUGCAAGCCGUGCCGCUCCGAGGCCAGCGAGAGCCCACCGAGCCAGUUCCUGUCACCUAAAUCGCUGGGACCUUGCCGGUUUUUCUUGUGCCGACGAAUCCCAGGAGCUCGGUUGGCAUUGCUAGGACUUGUGCACAAGACCCCGAGAGCUGACCACCAAAUUUGCCCGAAAUGUCAAUAAACUGGGUCAUGCUGUCUCGGGCCGGGGAGAUAGAGCCUCUGCCGCAUGAGACUAUCCUACACAGGACAAGAGGCAGAAUAGCUCUCAGUAUAACCGCCCCAAACCAACCUGCCGACAUCGCUCCUCUCAAUAUCAAGAGUGAGAGUGGUGCCGCGUAUAUAACAAACCAAAGGUUGAUCUAUCUACCUUCCAAGCCUACGGAUCAAUUUAAAUCUUUUUCAUCUAAGAUAUUAGGCUGCCAGGACAGCCGCAUGUGCUCAUCGUGGAUAGGACCUUGGUACUGGGAGGCUCUCGUGAGACCAGUAGCUGACGGCAAUAUUCCGCCAGAGUUUCCAAGAGUGAACUUGAGAUUGACAUUCAAGGACGGCGGUUCUAGCGAAUUCGAGUCGAAAUUCGUGGAGCUUAAAGCACGGCUUCACCACGCGGCACAGAUUGCGGAGGAAUCAGGCCAGAGCAACUGGGCGCAGACAGUUCACGAUGAGCAAUUACCAGAAUAUAGUGGUCCUCAGGGUGGCGAUAGCGCCAGCCAAGUAAGCGAGGUGGCUCGACGAGCAGACGAGGCAGCUCGAGAACAGCAGGCCCACCAGCAAACUCCAGACGAGCCCCCACCAAACUAUGACGAGGCUCAGGCCCAGGCGGUCAGCAUGCGCUUCGACGAACGAAUGCGGGAAGAAGCAGAAAGGGAUUGAUGAAAUUGGCCUAUAAGCCACUAUAGAAUUUUGAAGCCGUCGCCUGAUGCCGUCGACGAAUUCGGUUACCUAAAGGUCUCUAGUCAAUGGGUCUUUUGGAAUCGACACAAUAAGAAUUUGAUACCCCUGCCACUGAAAAAUGACAUUCGGUGUGCUAGCGUAGCUACUAUCUACGUGUUUGUAUCCUGGUCAUGUUCUAAGCGCUAUUGAGUCGGCAGGCUCAUAGCUUAGAUCGUGAUGAAGCCGAUUUGCGAGGAAAGUGAAGAUAAGAACAGGAAUAAUAUCUAUCUACACUUCAAGAAUAACA